CAGGUAAACAUGCUCCCCGUGAAACUCCGCCGCUGCUGUUUGGUUCCGAGACACGAACAUGGCGUCCACCGUGCUGAAGGUUGCAGGAGCAAGUCUGUCUGCAUGCGCUCGUCUCACACUCCUGAGAGCACAUUCAACGACAGCAGUCCUCCGUCAGGGUAUACCUGGACCACUGUGGAAACUGGGGAGGCUGAACCACAUCGCCAUCGCUGUCCCUGAUAUGGAGAAGGCCACAGCUCUGUAUCGGGAUGUUCUGGGGGCUACGGUGAGUGACAAGGUGCCCCUUCCAGAGCACGGCGUCUACACAGUGUUUGUGGAGCUUGGCAACACUAAGCUGGAGUUGCUUCAUCCUCUGGGGGAGAAGAGUCCCAUCGCUGGAUUCUUACAGAAGAACAAGUCUGGAGGGAUGCACCACAUUUGUAUUGAGGUAGACGACAUCAACGCUGCGAUAGCCGACCUGAAAGCAAAGAACAUCAGAACUCUUUCAGCUGAGCCUCGGAUAGGAGCUCAUGGGAAACCUGUGAUGUUUCUUCAUCCUAAAGACUGUGACGGUGUUCUGGUGGAGCUGGAAGAGGCAUGAAUACUUCAGUCUGAAAGGGACUGUGGGAGCAGUUUGUUCACAUUUAUAUUCCACAGUCAGUUUGAUACACAUCAUGACAAUGGCUGAUGACUUUGUAAUGUAUUUUUCUUCUUUGUAGCACUUAUUUCUUCUUCUUUCAAAAAUGUGCCUCGGAGUUCUUUUUCAGGACUGUACCUUACUUUUCUGUGUGGAAUAAAUAAUGGUGUGGUGUGUUUAAAAUAUUCCA